AUGGAGAGCGUCCGCGCCGUUGUCUUCCUGUCCGUCUGUCUGUCCGUGAUGACAUCACUCUGUCAGGGUCAAAGGUCGGCCGACAGCCAGCUGCCGUCUGCAGCCGACGAGCCGAACUUUGGAUUAACAACCAGAGAGCUGGCUGAAGCUCUGCAGGGGUUCCUGGAUGAAGAUGAUAACAGAGUUGGUCUCUCUGUGGAGAAGAAAGCCAGCGUCAUCCCUCGGUGUGAUGUGGGCGAGCGAUGUGCGAUGAAACAUGGACCUCGUAUCGGCCGGCUGUGUGACUGUCUGAGAGGAACGGCCUGCAACACCUUCUUCCUGCGCUGCUACUGA